AUGGCUUCUCUUACAGAGCUGGUACAGGCGCCCGCUCUUAACUCGGUGGCACCCGAACUUUCAGCGGAGCAGCACGCCGCAUUAACUCUGACCACAAUUCUCAUCCCGGACCUUUUCGUCUCUUUCUGCAGCCAAGCUCCUCUUCUUAAUCCAUUCUACGCCAAGGUCAAAACGGAAUCUGAUGAAUGGUUUGCGCAACUGUACGGAACUACUGAGAAGGAGAGAAUGAAGCUGGACAAGGCAGACUUUGCUUUGUUCGCAGCAUCGUGGACUGAGCAUGCUGGAGGCCCUGAGUUCCGCACCAUCUGCGACUGGUGUAACUGGGUGUUCUAUUUUGACGACCAAUUUGACGAGGGUCACCUCUGUCAAGACCCUUUGAAUGCCCAGAGAGAGGCAGACAUUCUGACACAGAUUAUGACGACCGGCCUGAAGGAUGAUGAGUACAAAGAUGAUCCCCCACGCGCCAGAGCUCUUCGCUCUGCCUUCCGCUCGGUGUGGGAACGUCUAGUCGAGCGAGCAUCUAAAGGUGUCCAGGCGCGAUUUAGGGAGGCUAUGCAAGAUUUCUGCAGGGGCCUUGUAGGUCAGGUUGGUGUUCGAGCCGAAUUAUGCUCUCAAGAUAUUGCAGGCUACCUAGCUUUUCGCCGAGGCUCCAUUGGAGUGAUUCCUUGUAUCGUCUUCGCUGAAUACUAUCACAACCUUCGUCUCCCUGAGGAAUUUUUCCGCGUUCCUGCUGUCCAGAGAUUGAAAGAUCUAGCUGCUGAAAUCACUGUCCUGCACAAUGAUGUCCUAUCGUACCACAAGGAAUACGACAUGGGUGCUGUCCAUAAUAUUGUCAUCAUUUUCCGGCAGCAGGGCAUGACCCAGCAGGAAGCUUACAAUAAUGUCGACACCCUUAUCCGGCAGCGAUUGCAGGAAUGGCACCUGAGGGUCUCUGAGGUUCCGAUAUAUGGUGAGAAUAUUGAUGCACAGGUUCAUAAAUAUUUGACUGCCUGUCGCGAGGUUGCUGUCGGAAAUUUACACUGGAGUUUUGCAACCGAAAGAUAUUUUGGGAAGGAAAAAGAUAAUGUCAGAUAUACACGGAAGGUGGAAUUGAUCAACUUGGAUGCUUGA